AGAAGCCCCCACGGCUACGGCGGAGGUGUGGAGCCCGCAGUCCCGCGGCCGGAGCUCUGUGAGGCUGUGCUCGGGAAGGGGGUGUGUGUGUGGACGAGAAGAUGGCAGUGAACGUGUACUCCACAUCGGUCACCAGUGAUAACCUCAGUCGACAUGACAUGCUGGCCUGGAUCAACGAGUCUCUGCAGUUGAAUCUGACGAAGAUCGAGCAGUUGUGCUCAGGGGCUGCAUAUUGUCAGUUUAUGGACAUGUUGUUCCCUGGCUCCAUUGCUUUGAAGAAGGUGAAAUUCCAGGCUAAACUAGAACAUGAAUACAUCCAGAACUUCAAAAUACUACAAGCAGGUUUUAAGAGAAUGGGUGUUGACAAAAUAAUUCCUGUGGAUAAAUUAGUAAAAGGAAAGUUUCAGGACAAUUUUGAAUUUGUUCAGUGGUUCAAGAAGUUUUUUGAUGCGAACUAUGAUGGAAAAGACUAUGACCCUGUAGCUGCCAGACAAGGUCAAGAAACUGCUGUGGCUCCCUCCCUCGUUGCUCCAGCUCUGAAUAAACCCAAGAAACCUCUCAGCUCUAGUGGUGCAGCUCCACAGAGACCCAUUUCAACACAGAGAACUACUGCAACUCCUAAGGCUGGUCCAGGGGUGGUGCGAAAGAAUCCCGGUGUGGGCAAUGGCGAUGACGAAGCAGCCGAGUUGAUGCAGCAGGUCAAUGUAUUGAAACUUACUGUUGAAGACUUGGAGAAAGAGAGAGAUUUCUACUUUGGAAAGCUAAGGAACAUUGAAUUGAUUUGCCAGGAGAACGAAGGGGAAAAUGACCCUGUUUUGCAGAGGAUUGUGGACAUUCUGUAUGCUACAGACGAAGGCUUUGUGAUACCUGAUGAAGGGGGCCCCCAGGAAGAACAAGAAGAGUAUUAAUAACGUGGCCAGCAGAGCAACAUCCGAAUUCUUCACUCCAAAUCAUGUGCUUAACUGUAAAAUAACUCCCUUUUGUUAUCCUUAGAGGACUCACUGGUUUCUUUUCAAAAGCAAAAAGUACCUCUUCUUAAAAGUGCACUUUGCAGAAGUUUCACUCCUUUUCCAAUAAGUUUGAGCUAGGAGCUUUUACCUUAUAGCAGAGCAGUAUUAACAUCUAGUUGGUUCACUGGGGAACAAAGAGGCUGACUGUGGGGCUCUCACCAUGUGGAUGCUGGUCACACUGAUUGCUGGAGAAGGUGUUUUUAUGUAAUAUGCUGAGGAGGGGACCUCAGUAGAGAAAUGUAAAGACUGAAUUGAAUUUUAAGCUAAUGUGAAAUCUUGGCAGAGAACAUUUUAAUAAAUAAAUGCCUUAAGAGUAUUUAAAAAAUGCUUCCAUAUUUCAAAAUAUAAAAUGUAACAUGACAGGAUAUUUUCUGUGUUUUGACAUUGUAUCUGGGAAAGAAGGGCCAGACCUUGGGACUCUGUGAGCUCACCUGCUGUCACAGGCCUUCCAGGGCUGCUCGAAUCCUCACAGUCCUAGGCUUUGGCCCAAGGAGAGUUUGAAAAGUGGUUUGGUGUCAUUGACUAACUUACCCCUGCUGAAAAGCAAGAGGCAUUAUUUUCUGGAUGAAUAGUGGGUGUUUCAGCUCUGAGAUGGUUGAGUUGGAGAGCUUGAUUUUCAUUGAGCAUUUCUCCUGGUGAUUUUUCCAAUUGUUCCUGAAAUUUCCGUGUAUUGUGUUUUUGAGGGAAUGAGGUGUGUCCGGUUUUUUAAUCAAACAGCCACUCUUGGGGGACCUGCCAGUAUCUCUGGGGUUUGAAUGGGGGUUGUGUCCCACGUUACUGUCUUCUGAGUUUACAUUGAACACGUUCCUCUUCUCUGCUCCCCUCGUCUGCUGGGGAUUCCUCAUUGGCUCCUUACAGUUUGCUGCUUAGAGUUGGAAGCACAGCAAGUGGGUGAUUGUGCUGCAGAUUCUUUCUGGACCUCUGGCAAAGGGAGGGAGCAGUGAGGGCCAUCAUUUCUUUGUGAUCUGCAAGCUGACUGGGGUGUUUUUGGGAUGUGCUGUUCACAGCUCUCCGCUGUUAACUGAGUACUUUGCCAGUGCACUAAUCUCUUUGGAGAUAAAAUUCACUAGCGUGUUACUAAAUGUUUUCUUUUGCAGAAAAUGCAGUACCAUGUCUGAAUUAAUUAUUAAUAUUUAAAUACUCCAUUCCUUAACUCUCCCUCAUUUGCUUUGCCCGCACUGAUUCAGUCUUUGUUUGGCAGGAUUCUGCACAAUGUAUGUUACCCGCUCCUGAGACUGUUCAGCCUGACGUGUUUGUAUUGAUUCGUUUCUGGUGGUAGCUUGUCCUAAAACGUGUGUAGAAAGCAGAUAUUUUAUGAUAAAAUUGUUGUGUAGUGCAUGCUCUGUGUGGAAUUCAGAGGAAAACCCAGAUUCAGUGAUUAACAAUGCCAAAAAAUGCAAGUAACUAGCCAUUGUUCAGUUGACAGUGGUGCUAUUUCUCUUUUGUGGCCUUUUAGACUUUUGUUGCCCUAAAAUUCCAUUUUAUUGGGAACCCAUUUUCCACCUGGUCUUUCUUGACAGGGUUUUUUUCUACUUUAAACAGUUUCUAAAUAAAAUUCUGUAUUUCAAGAG